UACGGUUCAGCUGUUUCGUUGUCAAUUUCUUUCACAUGCAACGGGGGAACACCAUCAAGAACCCGCAACGAAGAAACAACUUGGCCUGAAAUUUCAAUUCCGCCAAACUGGCAGGAAAAAGCUUGAAAAUGUGGUGCUUUGUGUCGGAGCCGAGUGGGAUAAUUCAUGAGAUUUUCCUGCCGCGAAAUGCAGUCGGCCAAGAAUGCUUCGACCAGGUUUGCGAAAAAUUGCGCCUUGUAGAGAAAGAUUAUUUUGGGUUAAAAUACAAUGGUGGAAAUGGAAAUCGUUGUUGGCUAAACAUGCGAAAUACAUUGUCAGUACAGCUAACCGGUAAACCACCAUACAGACUUUAUUUUCUCGUCAAAUUCUUCGUGAGACCUCAAGAAUUACAACAAGAAAUUUCGAGGCAUCAAUAUUACCUGACAUUGAAGAGCUACAUUUGCAAUGGAAAACUUGAUUUGUCUGCAUCUCAAACAAAAACAAUUUCUCGGAUUUGUGCGCUUAUAGCUCAAAUAGAGACUGGAGACCAUAUCCCGGAGAAACCACCGCGAUAUUCGACUUUUAUACCAAAUGCUCUUCAUACAUUUUAUUCAAAGACUUCAGACUUACAAAAGGAUGCGGCAACGGAGCACAUACAACUAGCUCAUACGACAGUAAACGAGGCGAAAGUCGAGUUUCUGCAUUUGUUGUCAAAUGUUCCCGGAUACGGCAUUGAAGUAUUUCGGGGUAAAACCACAAAAGACAAGUUUUCAAAAAAGCUUGAAAUCUGUGUUGGUAAUGAUGGAGUCAAAGUUUACAGCGUUAAUCAAGAAUUCGACACAAAACAGGGAAGGGAAAUUGUCCGCAAAGUCGUCGAAAAGAGGAUAAACUUUGAAGAUGUAUCGACCGUCUCCUACAACAACCGCUGCUUCACCGUGGUCCAUGGCAGCGGAGUGCAGGCUCAGCGAGUAACCUACAAACUCAAAACCGAGUGUGAUGCUGUCGGACUUUUCCGAACAUUCACCGAGUACCACACAUUCUACCAAUGCAACACCGUCAAACGUUCAGUUAUCGAUCAAUGCACCCGGACGCUACUCGGAAGGGUAGCGACGGUAUUUCUUCCCUCGAAUGACAUCGGAAAAACAUAUUUAUUUGACGUCCAGCGGACUCGCCGACAAGCGUACAGCCAUGCCUGGAGCGAGAUGAACAUUGGUCGCAAUAUGAGCCGAGUAGGCCGCGACAACCGAGGACGACACUCGAUGCCCGAAUACCGUCCGGUGCAAUCUCCGCUGAGUCAUCGAAAGUUCUACAGUCUUCGGAAGAGGGACUCGGGGACGUGUCGGAGAGAGCUCGGGGAUGGUGAUAUAGAGAAGUUGAGCCCAGAGGAGUUGAAGAAGAUGGUCUGGCACCUUCAGGACGCGAGGAUUUGUCAAAUUUGUAUGGACGUUGAGGUGGCGACCGCGUUCUGCCCGUGUGGUCACGUGGUAUGUUGCGUGGAGUGUUCCGCCCUGUGCAAGGAGUGCCCGUUGUGCCGUAGUCAGAUCACGUAUGCGCAGAGAGUUUUCUUUCCCUGUGAAUAGUCCGUUUUGAUAAUGUUGCGCGCGCAUCCAAAAUGCCACAGAUUGGCGGGCCACAGCUGAUCCAUAAUGCGGAAAAAGAGGAAUGUGACUCCAAAACCCCGCGAAAGUAGCACUCUGGCAGCAAUUUCUAUAGCGUCGUCUGUAAGCGCCACUCCGUACACUUUUUAAGACUGGCCCACCAGUCUGUCAUUUAGAAUGCGCGCGCAACAUUGUCAAAACGGUCUAUAGCGCCGUGUGGCGAGCCUUGAAAACAAGGAGAUAGACCAGUUUUGGUGAUGCUGUUUUUGUUUUCAUUUCUUUUGCUAAUUUAUUUCUUGUUCAUCUUUGUCGAUAUUACCGCUGCUGUUUUUGUUGUCAUUUCUGUUGCUGAUUUAUUUCUUGUUCAUCUUUGUCGAUAUUACCGCUGCUGUUUUUGUUGUCAUUUCUGUUGCUGAUUUGAUUGCUGAUUGCUGAUUGCUGUUGUUGUUUGAAGAGCUGUUUUGGUUUAACUGUUGCAGUUAUUGUUGAUGACACUGUUGUUGUUGUUACUGUUGUUCGUGGUGGCUGCUAAUGCGGCUGUCUUCGGUUGUUGCCAUUUUAGCUGUUUCUGGUAUUGUUGGUUGUUCUACUAAUGCAUUUGUUACAUUUGUAGAUUUUUUCUUGUUGUAUUUGUUGUAUUGUUGCUUUUUUCCUCCCAUUUUUAAUUUUUUGUUGUUUUAAUGGCGUCUCGCUACUUUGUUCCAUAUCUUACCGUACCUUUGUUACCAGCUAUUGUUUUGCUACCGUUUAUUAUUUUUCAAAUCUAUACUUUAAUAUAAGUUAAUUCUAGCACUUACAUCUUAUUGCCUCUACGAAAGGGUCGAGUUGAAUUUACAAUUUACGAGGUUGAAUUUAACGGAAUUUAAAGGCUUGCCAAAAUAGAAUAUAAUUUCUUAUCUUUAUCUCUCCUUUCCCAAACAGGGGGGAGCGUGAUUAUUCAUAAUUUCACUAUUAUUUUAUCAUGUUUGCUUACAAAAUCCUCUGAUGGAAUGUAUGAAAGUAUCGUCUUUUCUAUGUCUUCAUUCAAGAAGUUUUCAUCGGAAAUCAAGCCUCUGGGUUAUUUUCUUUAAAUUCUAUACAUUGCAAAAUUCUAAAUUUCUUCUAAGCAAAUUAAUGAUCGAUUUAAAGUGAUGACCUGGUUUGCUUUUUCCCGCAUGUGAUUAUUUCAUUCAAACGUCUGAAAAGUAAGCUUAGGUAUUUAAGAAAUUUCUGGUUCGAAACAUUUUCUUCCUAGGCGGCUAGCCGGCGUCAAGGCAAAUGCUUGAUUCUUAUUAGCCCCGAAAUAUGUUAAAAGUAAUCACUUUAUAAAAAAAAGUAUUUUUAAUAAUAGACCUAAUUUUUGAGAAAGUAAGGGCAUUGUUAAGGUUGCUUACCACUUUGCUAAGACUUAUUUAGGCUAGAUCCGAUCUUUAUACGUCAAUCUUUCACUCUGAAGCUUGAAGCUUGUUCUGAGUAAACAUGUUUACACCUGGUCGCAUCCGCGAAUCAAUGUAUCGUAGCCCGCAGUGAUCAUUGAGUAGAGCAAAUAAGGCUGGAUCCGGUCUCUGAACGCCAUGUGAACGUUAAUAGGUACAUAAACAACCAUUCUUAAGCUUUCUAAAGAUGUGUUUAGUGGUCUGUUUAUAUUUACGCUUAUUUUAUUUAUUUUAUUUAUUUGAUACCCAUAAAGCACUGCGGGUUACGACACAUAGAUUCUCCGAUUGCAACCUUAUUUGAAAUAAGUGUAUGAUGCUAGUGUGUAGACGAAGCGAAAUGCGUUCUGCUCAUAUGACUCUAUCAACACAUCCAUGAAAUUAUUUAUAGACUACGGAGCUUAUAUUUAUUCUGAGCCUGCGUAGCAUAUGUAAAGGUAAGAAACAAGUGUGCAUGGGCGGGUGGUUGCGACGGGCUGGAAGUUCCAACCUAUUUCUUGUCUUGUACUAAUCAAUCACAUUUCUUCGUUGUGCGAGGUUAUGUGGCCUAUGGCACGAUAAUGGGAUUUGGCGAUACAACAAAUGUGAUUUUAACUCUUCCCAUACCAUGCGUUUGCUACGUAGGUGCUUAGCCCUAUGAAAAGAUUAUAAAUAGGGAGUUACGUUACACGCGUUACACGCGUCACACAGUCAAAUUCACGUUGUGUGACCUAUUGUAAAAUUGUGAAUAUAUAUUUAUCGAGUUUAUUUAACAUGACCCACUAAAACGUUAAAUAGAAAUGGGGACGAAUACAUUUGCCCCACAAUCUAACACACGUCAGCCUUCCCAUAAUCCUUUAGUCUGUAUCAUAAGGGGAUUGGGUACUAGGACAAUUUAAUGCCAAAGUGACGAAGAUGUGACGUCACAUUGCACAUAUUACUGCAAGAGCUUUAUUAUUACGUAAUAAGGAUUUGUUCCUUGAUUUUAAUAUAAUUAUUGCUAAGCCUUUAGAAAUAGUUCAAAAUAAUAGUGUCUAAUAGAUUUCUAAAAUAAAAAGAUAAAUUGAACAAUUGUAAAAAAAAAGAUUAGUCCAGAUUGUUGCCAGCGAUGCUAAUAUUUCUAUAUUGCUGUAACCAUUAUUAUUGUCAUUAUUAUUAAUUGAAUUUUAAUAGAUAAGAGAAAAGGAA